UCCUAAAUUAAACAUGGCAGCCCCCAUGUGCAAGCAAAUGUCAAACCGAUUGUUAACUAUUUUUGGCUUCAAAACCAUAAACAGGCUAACUUAUAUAAAAGCAAGACACAAUGAAAAGUCCAGGAAAUUUUCUUCCACGAGGGGUCAUAACUAUAAUGAAUCCUACCAAGUUAUUAUUAAUGAAUUUGGGAACCCAAACAAUGUUUUAGAAGGAGUUUCUGUUCAAUUGCCAUCUAAAAUAGGGCCAAAUCAGAUGUUAGUGAAAGUUUUAAUGUCACCAAUUAAUCCAUCAGAUAUCAAUAUGAUUGAGGGAACAUACCACAUACGUCCAGCUUUACCAUGUGUAGGUGGUAAUGAGGGUGUUGGAGAAAUUAUUGAAGUUGGGCCCUCAGUUGAGAGAUUUCAUCCCGGUGAUUGGGUAAUCUCCUCAAUUGCAGCACGAAGUUCAGAUUCCUUGGCUGCAGGUCUUUGGAGACAGUUUUUGAUACCAGAACCAUCUAAUGUUAUCAAAGUACCUAAUGAUAUGCCAGUCAUUGGGGCUGCAACUUUAGCAGUUAAUCCUUGCACAGCAUAUAGAAUGAUAUGUGACUUUGCAAAACUUAAACCUGGAGACAUUUUAAUUCAAAAUGGAGCCAACAGUGCAGUUGGACAGUGUGUAAUUCAGCUGGCUAAACACUGGGGAAUUAAAACAAUAAAUAUCAUAAGAGAUAGGCCACAAAAAGAUGAACUUGUGAACUUUUUACAUGAUUUAGGGGGUGAUAUAGUUUUAACUGAGAAUGAGAGGAAACAAGGGGGCCUAAAAGAAAUAAUUAAAACUAUACCAGAAAGACCAAAGCUUGCAUUAAACUGCGUGGGAGGUGAUAGCUCGGCUCAUCUUGUAGCAAGUUUAGGGAAGGAUGGUGUUAUUGUAACUUACGGUGGGAUGUCGAGAAGACCUGUUAUGAUACCAACAGGACCCACUAUCUUUAAUAGAAUUAAAGCCUAUGGCUACUGGAAUACAGAUUGGAUGAAAGAAAAUUUGCAUAGCCCAAUAAAAAUAAAUAUGUUCCAAGAACUAUGUGAAUUUAUUGCCAAAGGCAUAUUAAAACCCCCAGAGGCCGAUUUGUUUCACAUCAAAGAUUUUAAAACUGCAGUUUCAGAAUCAAUGGAAGGUUUUAAAGGAAAAAAGAAAAUAUUAGUUAUGGAUAAUAGUAUGCUGUGAAAACAACAUUUAGCGAUUCUAUUUUGAGUGUGAUCUGAGAUGUGAAAUGUUAGACUAUUCCUGAGAAAUCUAUUUUAAUUAUUAGUUGGGAAAUAGUGUUUAAAUGAGGUUUCAAAAUCAUGUCAGUUGUAUUUGAAUAAAACAUAACAAGAUUAA